GCCGGUUGGUGCUUGAAAUUCCGCGGUUCGGAAGCCGCAGAUUACGGUUCGGAAAUCGGCCGGCAAAUAGAGGAAGAAAAAUUGCGGGGCAAUAGUUUUUGAUAGUGAUACCGAGUACGAGUUAUUUGCUUGUUUUUUUUUUUUUGUUUUCUUGUUUUCUGUUCUUUGAACAGCUAGUAAAUCGGGGAAGAAAUUAUAUUCCGUGAUCAUAUCGCUGUGCUGUGUUUUUCAUUCGUAUAUAGUAAAAGAUAUUGGAUGUAAUAUCACGAUAUUAUUACACGUGACGUGGCGAGUUGAUUUUUUAAAAUUCAUCUCACGAUGAUUCGUUUGGUUGGGCAUCGUUGAGUCAAAAAAAUGGAUACGGAAUCUUGGGAGAAGAUGAAGUGAAGAUCCGCGAGAUGGUUUCGAUACUGCCGAGGUGAUGUGGGGCCGGAGAUGGCGGCUGGCCGUGUUGGCCAUUUGGACAAUAUUGGCGCACGGCCGAGAAACCGGAAGCGAAGGAGGCAAAGUCGACCUGACUCCCGGUAGAAACAUUGUCCCAGGAGUCGAGACGCGGAGCGAUCCGCCAGCCGCGAUAAGAAAUCCGUCAGGAUGGAGAGAGGCGAAGGAUAACGAGGAGGUGGAUGGAAAUCGGCCUGGCAUCGCUGCAGCUGAACCGGAAAUGAGCGAAAGCGGUAAAAACUCGGUGAAUAACCGUCUCGCGUCCGAAGCGCCGGACUCCGGUCACCGAGAGAUCGAACUCCUCGUGGGAAAAAGCGAGGAGGAUACGCAGGCUCGCGAAACCAAGUCCGGCAUCCGGACGUCGAGCGAUCUUCGAAAAGUGGAACGCGGUGCUCCCGUCACGCCGCCGGCGGAAGAAGAGACGACGAGAAAGGACGAGGAACGCGAUGGGACGUCGCGACGCGUAUCGAGGGCCAAAGCGGCGUCCGUUGACAAGGAUGUCACGGUGGACACGAGCGGAAAAGAAAAAAGAAGAAGCUUUUCGCAGCGAGAGGGCUUAAAGAAGGGUGUCGGGGAGCCAAGGCAGCCGGGGUCAAUCAAGGGUCGAUUAUUCGGUACGAACCGCGGGGACGAGGAACGGAGAGACUCUUCGGGGGCGGCUUCGCCGGAGCUGGUAAAGAUUGCGGAAAAAUUUUUAACCGACGAUCCACCGACGACGACGAUCAAGAAUCUCGUCUCCGGGGUAAGAGGGAUAAUUGAACCGACGAGUGCCGGUGAUCUUCGGACUCGGGGCGAAAGCUCGACGGCAACGACGGCCGGGAUGAUUUCAGCCCCUGGAGUCCUUAGGGGGCGGGAUGUCGAGGAAGGGGGGAGUUCGACGCGGGUCAACGACCCCCUUCAGGGUCGAGAUCGAGAUUUCGCGAUAACGAGAGGGACGAAGGGCGAGUCGUCGGCGGAUAUUGAACGUUGUCGGAAUUGCUGCCUCCCUCGAGGAGCGGGAAACUGCAUCGGAAGACGGAACGGGGGAUCAGGGUCGACCGGAAGUCACGUUGGACCGAGCUCAGCGGACGAUUUGUCCGCAGGGGGAAAAGGCGUGGGAAAAUUAGAAGGCGGGAGGAGGGAUACCGAGACGGACCAAGAAGUUAAAGCCACCAGACGCGAGACGAUCCCUGAGUUAUCGGGGAAGGUAUUUCUGGCGAAAGCGUGCGGGGAAAUUGGGGUGUCGCGGCCGGAUGUCGGCGGGGGAAAACAAGACGAGACGACGCCGGGUAGAUCGCUGAUAGCGAGACUGGGCGAUAAAUAUUUAGCCUCGAAGAAGAAACGGGGUAUGCGGGAAUCGUCCUCCGGCCCGCAAAAAACUCGCGGAGAAGCUACGAGGACGAUUUACCCCGGCGAAGUCGUAAGGGAUGAAGAAUCCACCCUCGGCCCGUCCGAUGCAGAACCCACUUUUCACCCCGUCCCGAUGCCAGAAGUGGCCGAAAGUAAGGAACCCCUUUCAUCGUCGAUAUUCGUCAGCCGGAACGAGACGACGACGAUGACCGAAGGGGCGGGCCGAUUGGACCGAGUUUUUACGGGGCAGGAAGAUGGGGAUGAAUAUUAUUCGCGCAUUGACGAAUCCACCGAAGCCACGAGCUCUGAAGCCUCCGUGUUUCUCGGCAAAUUCGCGACUCCUGCAUCCGUAACUUCCGGCCUCCCGGAGCAGGACCUUCUCCCGGUAGCCAUCGAGGGACCUUUUAGGACGACCGAGAACUCGGCGGAAUUCGAGAACUCGAGCCGGUCGACCGCCGCGUUGAAUCAGUGGCCGAUCAAGCACAGCGCCGUCGUCGAGGGCGAUUUGGUCCUCGGGGGACUGAUGAUGGUCCACGAGAGGGAGGACUCUGUCACCUGCGGCCCCGUCAUGCCCCAGGGCGGCGUCCAGGCCCUCGAGGCGAUGCUCUACACCCUCGACCGGCUCAAUUCCAACGGCGGCAUCCUUCCCGGCGUUAAGAUCGGCGCACACAUUCUCGACGACUGCGACAAGGACACGUACGGGCUCGAGAUGGCCGUCGACUUCAUCAAAGUUAGCGCGAUAAUCAAUCAGCCAGCUAAGAACUUGCAAAUUAAUCACCCGCCGUAG